GGAAUGUAUGACCAAGUUAAAUGUAUACGUAACAUCACUUUUUGUACGUAGUAGUUUUUAGCAUGUCCUGAGUUAGAAUACUCAGUAAGGUUUCAUCCGUCCUGAUAUUCAACAAAAUAACAAAACAGAUUCCUAUACGAUUUAUGAGUUAUAACAGUGUACUGAACUACUUUUAUUCCUAAAAAUGUAUUGUGCAUUAUGUACAGUUCAGUUCUCAUCAUUGAUUAAAAAGGUAUUGAAAGAUUUAGUUCAAUAAUCAGCAGAAAUCCUGUAAAAUAUGUGGCUCAGUACAAUGUUCAAGUUGCCUGAAGUUUAAACUUAAAGAAUCCAAACCAGUAUGUAUGGACUGUUAUUAUGAUAAAAAAAGUUUAAAUGGUUCUGAAGAAGAACUUUGUCCACUCGCUUCUUCAAGUCGUGCAUUUAUUUUAGCAACAUAUCCAAAACCUAUUAAAACCAGUAAUACAGCCCGCUCAUGUGAUGUUCCAGAUCCGAAGACUGACGAACUUAUUAAAAGGUUUAAAGAACUUAAGAAAGACCCAGUCAAGAAAGAUCCAGUCAAAGUGAAGGUAGAUGUCUCUGCUUUAGAACAUCGAUUUCGGCAGCUCAAAGGAUUGUCUGAUGAAAAACCUACUUCUUUUCCAGACUCGUCAUUACCAAAAGUCGAUCAAGUUUCUAGACUUGUGGAAAAGUACAUUGAUGAAGCUCGAAUCGACAGGGAACUAAAUGGUGAUUUUGAUUUUGAUGAUGAUCCUGGUGAUACGGAAAAUUUUCCUGUGUGUUACAUGUGUGAAGGAAUUGCUGAAUUCUCAUGCAGGGAAUGUAAAGAUAAUUUUUGCAAACGAUGUUUCAAUAAAACACACAAUAAACGAUUAAGAUUAGAACAUAAAAUUGAAAUUUUCAAAUGAACGCUCAUUGUGUCAGUCAAUUUCAAUUGGUUGUUUUACCAUCAUUGUUUUUUUAUAUUAUAAUAGUUCAAGAUGAAAUUUUAUUUAUUUGAAUAAUAUAUUACUCUUAUUAUUGUCUAUUAAUUUCUGCGUCAUGUAAGAUAAAUUUUGUUUUUUGCUUUUUUGGACAUCUGUUACUUCUCUCUCUCUCUCUCUCUCUGUUGUCUUUCAUCAUUCUCCGCUUACUGUCGUUGACUUUUUUGUACAUUUGUGUUUUAUCUUCAUAGUUAUUCGAUAUAAAUAUUGUUUUUUUGCUAAAAAGAUCAUUUUCUGUUAUGGCAAAAUGUGUUUGUGAAGCUUACUUUGGCAGUG